AUGGCACACCGUGUCGAAUCUGCAGGCAGAGCACUACUGACCGUUCCCACUGGAUGGGUCUUCUCAACGGUCUACUUUGAUGCUGCGGACAAUGACCUGGACUUGAAGGAGUGGUCUCUGCCCAAGGCAGUCAAUGGAAUUGAAAGUUGGGCCGAGGCUACGAUUGACUCGGAGCCCCAGCAAGCGAAGAUCAGACAGAACUCGGCAAUGAUGCGACUUUCCGGCGUUGAGCCAGAGGCCCAUGCGCGAAACCACCGAUCCAGAUCCUUCUUUUAUCGGAUCAAUGCAUCCCUGGGUAUGGCCGCCCCCGAGUCCGAUCCGCACUUCUUGGCCGAGGUCUGUGGGAUGGGAGCCGGUGGUGGGAGCCGGUGGUGGGAGGAGCUCUUGCCGCAAAAGAAUAUUUCAUUUUCGGCAGAAAUGGCUACAUCCCCCGCGCUGGGAACGACUUAA